AUGGCCCCGCUCUUUGCCAAUCGUCCCAAUAGAGAGGCUGACUCAGGUUUACCUCUCAAUUGGUACCAGUCGGUCCUCGAUUGGGCCUCACCUGAUGAGGAGUGCGACAACCCCGGAAAGCUUGAUGUAUCAGGCAAACCUCUUGCGAGCUUCCAUGAGCUGCGCACCCGCGAAUUUAACAAGGAAUCGGGUGACUGGACCUUCGCGCAUGCAGUUCAUGUGGCUAGAUGGGAAUUCCACCAGGCUGGUUACACUUCGACACAGCUACAGGAAUCAAAACAAGUUUCAAUGCGAAAUGAUCUACUUGCAAGUGUCCUCAAGGCUUUGAGGAACAUCUAUUUCCCCACUAUACUCGAGUGUACGACUUUCGCGCAAGCUUCUGCGAAGUUCAUUUCUUAUCUUGACACAACGGCUUGCCUCGUUGUUGAGUUGCUCCCCAAUGGGAAAUCGCAGACCGAAAACAUUUCUCCGAGGCAUUGGUUUUUCACAGACCUUGCAAAGAAAUGGUUCCUGGCCGCCAAGUUCUCGUCUCCCACUGGUGCCCUUCCGGAACGCCUGCUCAAAAACCUCAAAACGCUCGGCUGUAGUGACUACUUGAACAUCGAGGCAAGUUCUAUGAUACAAACAUUAGGGGCCUUGAGACUAUCCACUGACCUUGCAAAAACUAAGAAGAAGAAUAAUUUAAGUUUGGAUAAAUGCAAGGCGAGUCGGAAGGUUGACGAUGACGCAGAAAGGCAGGCCGAAAAAAAUGCAACUCGACCUUUUGAUGCUUCUCCUUCCAAGACGAUGAGCUUCGACCGGAGCUCUCUGCAACUGCUCAUUAAUAAGACUAUUGACGAUAGGCUUCACGACUUCAACACCUCCGAAGUUGGCAAGAAACGCAAGUUCAACGAUGGCCAUCUUGAUGAGCCCAUCAAAGCCGCUGUCAAGAAGAAGCUUGCUUCUUAUGAGGUGCUGUUGGACGAUUACACCGGACUUACGGAUCAUCUUGUUCACAGCUUGGUCAGCUUCAGUGACUUGCCUGAGAAGGCUACGAAGCUCAAACAGCGACGGGAAGAGCUCAAGGCGGCCGCGACACUUUGA